AUGAUAGCCGAAGCUUCGGAUGUGUUGCUGGCAUUUCGUAGCUAUAUCGGCGGAGAGGUCCUUCACACUCUAGCGCGCGCUGGACACUCUGGGUUACACAUCACCUCGCUCGUUCGAGACGCCACCAAAGCAGAGCAAGUGAAGUUGGCGUACCCAGACGUCAAGACUAUAUUAGGAGACUUAGACGACACCGAUUUAAUCAAAGAGCAGUCCAAGGCCGCAGAUAUCGUUCUGAACUUUGCUGCUACUGGGCAUGCGGCAAGCGCGAAUGCCAUUGCCGAAGGCCUGCAAACACGGCAAAAGGAGAUGCAAAAGCCCAGUUUUUGGAUUCAAAUGUCAGGAGCAACAGUCUACCCAGUAGAUGAGAUCGCAUCAGGCCGUUUUGGCUAUGCUACCGACGAUGUUUAUAAUGACCUCAAAGAUCAGGACAAGAUUCUGUCCAUCAUUCAGGAUAACCGCAAGCGAGUGGUAGAUAAUCUCGUUCUAUCACAAGCACCCUCGUCGGUCAAGACAGCUCUGAUUAUUAGGCCCCUCAUUUACGGUGUCGGCAGAGGCCCAGUGAACCAGAGAAGCAUCCAGGCACCAGAGAUUGCGAAAGCAACGUUGAAUCUUGCUCAUGGCUUCAAGCUGAACAAGGGCAAAAACAUUUGGAGUAAUAUCCACGUUCAUGAUCUGGCUAAUUUAGUUUCCAUGUUGGUCAGAGCGGCCAGAGAUGGCAAAGACGGUUUCUGGAACAAGGAUGGCGUUUUCAACGUCAAGAAUGGCGAGCUGGCAUUUGGAGAGUUGAGUGCUUUGGUCACAAAAGAAGCGCACAAGCAAGGCUUCGUCAAAUCUGGCGAUAGUCUUGAGACAAUUAAUGCGGCAAAAGCUGACACCUUGAGCGGCCACGCGUCGAUUCUAUGGGGUACCAACGCUCGUACACGAUCAUCAAUUGCUCAGAGGAAACUCAGAUGGAAGCCAAAUGGGGGUUCGCUUGAAAGUACGAUCGCAGAUAUUGUUCGCACUGAAGGAAAGGCCUCUAAAAGUUCCAAGAGCGAACUAUAA